AUGUUGGGUUUUCAGUUUGGUUGGUUAUUUUGUGGAGUUUCUGGAACAUUUGAAACAUCUGUUCCAUCUAUUCCAAUGACAUUAGGGUUUGCUGUGUAUGCUCUUCUGAUACAUCGACCAUUUGCAAGCUACCUCAUUCAUCACCGGUUUCCCAUCAACUUCUUAUUUCAUAGGCUGUUUAAUUGGUGGAUUAAUUUUAUCUACUCUUGGAUUCCGUUUCUUAAGUGGGGCAGGUCGGGCUCCGCUUGCUAUCUGCACACUGGUUUUAUAAACGGAACAGGUCGGGUUGGAAACUUGGGUUUUAAUAUCUAUUUAACCUCAACUUUUAGUGCUUUGAUAUCUUUGGUUUCUAAUAUACUCACUUUCCUUUUAUGGAUUCCAAGAUGUAAUAGAAGGAGUUCAUUGCUUGGGUUCUGUGCUAUUAGUGGAGCAACAAGCAUUGUACUUUCUAUAUUAGGAAAGGAGUAUGAGGGUUUGAUGAUUGGGUUAGAGUUAAUAUCAUUAUUUUGUGCUUGUAUGGCGUAUAAUUUGGUAUUGAUGUAUAUAGUAGAGUUGUUUCCCACCUGUGUGAGGAACUCAGCCUCGUCGUUGGUCAGGCAGGCAAUGAUAUUUGGGUCGAUUUUCGACCCGGUAUUGGUUCUGUUAGGGAGGGAAAAUAUGUUGUAUUGUUAUGGUGUAUUUGGAAUUACAGUGCUUGUUUGUGGGUUCUUGAUUCUUUGUUUACCGGAGACAAGAGGUAAGGUACUCUGUGAUACCAUGGAGGAACAGGACUUUUUGGAUAGUUGUGAUAAAGAAAUAGUCGUAUAA